CCUGUAUAACGCCAAUCAAACAGAAGAUCAACAAAAGCUAUAUCCAAAACAUAAAACAAAAGAAAAUUAAGUUUCAAGCCCAACUCAAAAAGCAGUUUGCUGUGAAAGCAUUCAGCACUCAGUCUUUCCCAGAAAGAAAACCGCACUCUUUAUGGUUUAUACUGGUGAAUGAUUUGUGUUUAAACAUAAAGCAAGAACAAUGGCGAAUCAGGCAGCCGCAUCUUUUAAAGGCAACUUAAAGAAAGCAGUUGCUGGUAUUAGACGUAUCAAUCUGGAAGGUCUACGAUGGAGAGUUUUCGAUGCCAAAGGCCAGGUCCUUGGGAGAUUAGCGUCUCAAAUAGCUACUGUGGUACAAGGCAAGGAUAAGCCCACCUACACUCCUAAUCGUGAUGAUGGGGAUAUGUGCAUUGUGCUUAAUGCAAAGGAUAUACAAGUUACUGGGAGAAAACUUACGGAUAAGUUCUAUCGCUGGCAUACUGGGUAUAUAGGCAACCUCAAGGAAAGGAGUUUAAAGGACCAGUUGGCCAAGGACCCUACAGAGGUUAUUCGCAAAGCUGUCCUACGUAUGCUUCCGAGAAACAAGUUGCGUGAUGAUAGAGAUCGAAAACUUAGAAUAUUUUCUGGAAGUGAGCACCCGUUUGGUGACAAGCCUCUUGAACCAUAUGUCAUGCCACCUCGAACAGUUAGAGAAAUGCGACCUCGUGCAAGACGAGCCAUGAUUCGAGCUGAGAAAAAAGCUGAGGAGCACCAGCAACAGGGUGCCGAUGAUAUGAAAAAAGGCAAAAAGAAAGAAGGUGAAACACCCAAGAAGUUGAAACAGAAGUUGCUGGGACAGUUGUGGCUGCAUGAAGGGCCCAUAUAGUUUUUAUUGGCUUCUCUAAUUGGGAAAACACCAGUGUCUGUAUGUAACCCCACAGAAAUCUGGGCUCCAGUUAUCUCAUUUUUGGAAUGGUACUAGCAUGCCUGGUUUUUGAAAUUUAUUAAGGUCCUGAAAUUUUAAGCAAAAUGAGAACAGGGCUAUUGGGUUUGGUUCUUUGAAUUUAAAGUGGGCAAUCAAUUGAUGGAAUAACCUUGUAGGGAGUAUGUAUUGAAGUAUUCCGUUUCUUCUCUUUUCUUUUCGAAAGCAGUACAUUCAAUUAUUCGAUCGUUGUUUCCUAUAGCUAUAUUAUGACAAGUUUACAAAGAA